AUGACUACUGGUUUAUCAUUUGUUUUCCAACAAGAGUUAUUCGAAAGGAAGGGUUUACAUUCGCUUGCAAGUUUUGAUUUCUUCUCACCAUUGGAAAUUGAUUUUACUAACUUGACAGUAGCAGAAAUAACAGCUGGCAGUAGAUUUCCUCAACUUGUUCAGAAUUCAACAUCUGUUGCCAAUUCUUGCUUCUUUCUAAUAAUUUAUUCGAUUAUUACUGCCAUUACUGUUCAUUUCCUUGUCAAGGCAAAGGAUAAGAUGAUGAGAAAUCAAAAGAUUUUAUUUGGUGUUAUGCUCAGUUUCGUCUUUACUCAUGCCAUUGCCUUGUUCUUUAGAUUAAUCUAUAAUUCCACUGGGCUUCAUGUGAAUCUAAACUAUUCGAAUAUUGAUAAGGAAACUGUGAUUGGAAAUUUGAAAUUAAUGUGGGCUACUGCAUUCUUGGAGAAUGUCAUUUCCUUCCUUCAAAUGAUUCCGUUCAGUUGUUUCUUAAUGUCUUUCAUUUUGACCAUCUUUUUACAAACUGUUGAAAAAGCUGGAGCUAUGGGAAGAAAAACAUCCACUGCUUUAUUUUGGAUUGUCAUGGUCAUUACUGCUAUUGCCAUGUUUUUGGCUAUUGCCUUGUCAGUGUCCAAUGGUACAGUCAACUUGCUUCUCAAGAUUCAAGAAAUCAGAUUUGAUGUGACACCAAUCUAUUUGUCCUUAUUCGUCUUGUAUCUUUCCAUCAUUGCCACUGAAAUAGUUAUCUUCUUGGCAAGUGGUAUUCGUUUAGUUUAUGUUAUCAGAAAGAAUUCAUUGAAUACUUCACAAGUCCAACAUAAGAACUCCUUGGUUGCCUUCAUGAAUCGUCCAUAUACAAAGAUUGUUGGUUUAAUUACUGGUAUCUUGCUUUGCCAAUUAUUUGCUGUCCUUUCCAUUGUUUCACAAUCCAGAGCUAUUGAUGAAAAAUUGGUUACUUCUCCAGAUAAUAGUCAAUCAGUACUUAGUAAUAAUAAUGAAGAAGAAAAAGUGUAA